GAUUUGCUGUUUUGCCAAAAAAUCCUCAGAAACCGAUUCUUUCAGUAUUUAAGAGAUUUUCUGAUUUCUGCGGUUACAACGACAUUCAUAUAGGUCAUGAGAAAACUUGACAAAAAGGUCCUCUGCAUGUACGUAUUUUGAAAUCGUGAGGUGAACACUGUAAACGGUCCGUAACCAAUCUUAUUACUCUGAAAGGGAAAGCGGAAGUACCGAACAUCACUCGAAACAAUUGCUUUUGGACCAGAAGAGAAGUACGUCAUCCUAAAACCGGGCGAAAAUGUAAGCAGCUGAGGAUCCUUAAAUUGUAAGUGUUUGUUCCUUUUUGCUUGAUUUGCUUUUGUUGGUGAUAUCAACAAAUUUCGAGGUUUUAAGUAACUUUGUUAGUUAUAUAUAAAUACAGUGGUUUACAUUUGCAGAAUGGUGUGAUGUAAGUUAGAAUGGAAGAUUUAUCGAGACAAGAAUCGGAGAAGAGAGAAUCUCAAUCAUCGGUUGCAGCAGAUAAAAGUGAAGGGACUGAGCACCUUGUUGGCGAGCAACCAUUACUCGACACGUCCAAGGAAACCAUUGAAUCGGCAAACGUUGAUGGUGCUUAUGGGUCGAACCAAAACAAGAAGAAAAAGAAGAAAAAGAAAAAGACGGCAGAUGCGUCAGCAAAUGUAGAAGUUGCCGAAAAUACGAGUUAUGAGGAGAAUCGCGAUGAAAGUGAAGGUCACGCUCAAUCCAAUCCCCAAGGCCAGUCAAACUCUUCGACGUCGAUGGGAGCUGCUGUCGAACUAAUUGAUUGCAAACCAGUAAGCGAAGCCUCGCCAGGACUUCCAUCAGCCGAAAACGAAGUUCCUCAGGAAAGCACAAAGAAAAAGAAGAAAAAGAAAAAGAAAAAGAGAACAGAAGUCGCUUCUACUUGCGAUGAAGGUGCUCAUGCCGGAAAUGGGUCAGAUUCCACUUCGAUUGUUGCUGAGGCUUCUUCGCAGCCAAAUAAAACGUCAGUCACCGAGGAGUCACACCAACUGAGUGGUGAUGGGAAUGCCAUCGAAGAAAAAACCAAACAUAGCGAGAUGACUCGUGAAGGUGGUAAUUCAAACGUCGACUCAAACCCUAUUUCAUGUGACCAGACUGAGGCGAAUUCAAGUUGUCCGAUCGAAGGGGAUUUUUCUGACCUAGCAGAGGAUAAUAGCCUUUCUCCUGUGAAGAAAAAAAAGAAAAAGAAAAAGAAGAAAAAGCAGGAAACCGAUUCACAACAACCCAUCAGUGGAACUAGCUCUGGUACUGGAACUGUAACAGAAAAUGAAUUUGUUGCUGAUGAUGAAAUCUUAUCUGGGACAUUAACACCGAGGGACGGUUCAUGUAGUCAGAAGAUUGUGAAAGAGCCAAAAAGUUUCCUGGAAACGGCAGCAGAAUUGACAACGGCUGGAUCAGAUGCCUUUCCUCCUUUGAUGCAAGACGAAAAUCUUGGCACAGCUGAAGCCACCACCAUGAAGGGCAGUGACUUUGAAGUCACCAAGGAUUCAAGCAGAAAAGAUAAAGCAGUCCGCAAAGACAAGGAUAAACAAGAUGAGAAGCCAAACUAUGCUGACCCCUUGUUAGUUAAGGAAACGUAAGUAGAAAUGCAUCCUGUUCAUAGAUCGUACACUCCCGCAAUCUAUAGAAACUCAGUUACAAAUAUUUUAACCCUCGGACGUACAAGGGGGGUGGAUGCCACCACCCAAAAGGUUUUUCUGAGUUUUUUCCAAGAGGAUACAACAUCAGUACCUGAGGUUUUCAGUAGCUGUUCAUUCAUCCCUCGCGCACAUUUUGAGACAAGUUUAGUGAUGUUCAGUUGCUAUGGUUACGAGAAAUGACGUCAUAAAAGUAAGUGUUCAAGCCAAUUUUGGUUGAAAACGCAUGUUUUUUCAACUUCUUUCAACAAUUAAAGUAAAUCGGGUGGCUAAAAUAAAGCAAAGUGCUUUUUCAUGUGUUAUUUUUCAUGUAAAGUACGAAAAAUUACCUUUUCUUGAUGUGUUAACGUGAUUUCUAAUUCUUGGUAAAAUCCAAGAUGGCGACCAUUGUUGGUGACGUCACAGGCUACCAGCAGCACCCCCACCCCAUAAAUGUACCUCAUCUUGUACGAAGAUCAAGGGCUUUCCACUAAAGGUAAAAUCGUUUCUAAAUACUGCAACAUAUCAUAAACUCCGAGGAGAGGUUCUAUCCAUCCCCCUCCCCCCUUGUACCACGGUGGGGGUAUGAAUUUGCGUGUACUUCCGAUGGUUAACAUUUUCUUACAAUCUUAUUUGGCGCUUCAAGACAAAAUGAAAACACAGAGAUAAUCGGGUAAAUCCUAGCAUUUUUGUGAUUUACGUGAAAAAAAAAAUCGAACUUCAACGGCUGGGGACUUUGCUAAUAAGUUUUGGGGAGAAAAAGAGGGCGGGGAGGUCAUGGUGAUUGGGGAAUUCUUUCAACCUCAAACACCAGUCCAUCGCUAUACAAGAUCACAUUCUGAAACCAUACUUUUGCUUUGCUAGGAGGAAUAUGCUGUGCAUUUUCAAGCUGAUUUAUGGGGUAGGCCUUCGAGCUCUCAGAAGUCUCUUUAUGGAUAUCAAUCCCUUGUGGUCCAAUCAGCCUUUAGAUGCAGCCUGCUUUGACAGAGGGACAAUGAAGCUCAAAAAAGAACAAGAAGCCCUUUUCAACAAAGGAGACAUUAACGAAUGGGAUUUCUCCUUAAUGACAACAGUACUUCUUUACUCCAAGAGUUGUUCAGUUGAGAUAAGCAAGAAACCUGAUUUCGCACCUGCUUUGAGGGAACUGAGAAACUGCCGCAAUAGUUUACUGGGACAUCCUUCCACCGAAAGAAUGUCUGAAUCGCAUUUCAAAACCUUUUGGCCGCUUUUAUCUGAAAACUUCAUUAAGCUUGGUGCAGAUCCCACAGAAGUUGCAGAAAUAUUGCUCCAGUCAGGUAUCUGUAGUAAUAAAAAAGAAACCCUCUAUCUAAUCUAUGUCUUAACGUUUCUCAAAAGAUCUGGAGAAACUUACAUAAUUCACCAGUUUGAGAUGCUUUGUGACUUUGAAAGGUAUUUAAAAACACAUUGGUGCUCAUCAGUUCCCGGUCAGUUCGCAAGUCUUAAGGAACUCCGGACCUAAAAAAUGCCAAAUCAGCUAUAUCUAUACUGAAAUUUAACUGUUUCAGAGAAGCAGAAGAACGUUGUAAAAAACCUUUGCUUCAAAGCGAGUAUGCGAAUAUAGCCUCAACUGUGGUAUUUGAUGAGGGAAUAGACUGAGUCAUGAAGGUGUUUCGAUACAGUUUUUUUUUUCCUCGUCCGAUCGCUAUAAAAUUUUCACCGGUAAUUGGCUAUGAAUUGAAAUUUGUGAAAAUGUAGUUUUAAGUAAAAUCAAUAUUACUAUGACAACAAUAAACAAAAAACUUUGAAAUUGAUAAAAGCCAAAUUUUGUGCGAUCUAGAUCAGCUACUGAAAACCCAACACUAGGAACUUUAAGUUUGGUGUUUAGCAAACAAUCUCCGUGAGAAGUAAAAAAUUCUAUAUAUUUGAAUUCGAAUAAAAGGAAAAUAUAUUUCAAACCUCAAAUUUUCAACAGCCGUGAUAGAUUAUUUAAUGAAAACGUUAUAUAUGACUCAAAUUAUUCUUAAGUAGCGUCAGAAUGCUGCUUAAUAUCAUAUUUCGAUGCUAGGAAAUUUUGGUGUAUUUUGGUUUUUGCGAUCUUGAAAACUAACCCAUUUUCUCCGCACCUGUAUAAGUGCAGGCUUCAUUCAAAAUUUGGACUUUUAGCGCUUUUUUGUAUAUUUCUGAAACGACUCGAACAAAUUUUUUUCAAAUCUCUUCACAUAACCUUCAUAAUGUAUAUAAUAAGAUCUGAAACUUUUAUUGAGAUUGAUUCACUGCAACAUCUUAAAAUUUCAAGACAAACCUAUCCUACGAACUUGUCAAAAAUCUGCGUUACAACAUUCACUAUUUUGACGUUAUGCUAAUUUUUCCAAAAUAAUGCGCACUAUACAUACCUCCAUGACUAGUAUAUUUUAGGUUGAAUUUAUCGCACCUUUUGAAUGUAAAACAUGGGUUAGUUUUCAAGAUCGCAAGAACGAAAAUACACCAAAAUUUCCUAGCAUCGAAAUAUGAUAUUAAGCAGCAUUCUGACGCUACUUAAGAAUAAUUUGAGUCAUUCAUAACGUUUUUAUUAAAUAAUCUAUCACGGCUAUUGAAACUUUAAGGUUUGAAAUAUAUAUUUUUUUAGUCGAAUUCAAACAUACAGAAUUUUUUACUUCUUACGGAGGUUAUUUGCUAAAAACCAAACUUUAAGUUCCUAGUGUUGGAUUUUCAGUAGCUGGUCUACACCGCGCAAAAUUAGGCGUUUAUCAGUUUCAAAGUUUUUUGUUUAUUGUUGUCAUAGUAAUAUCGAUUUACUAAAACCCACAUUUUGACAAAUUUCAAUCUAUAGUCAAUCACUGGUGAAAAUUGUAUAGCGAUCAGGCAAGGAUAAAACCACUUCUAAAGCGAUUGAAAAAUAUGGCCAAUUUUUUCGAAACGUACAAUUACCCGUUGCGUUAGCAGGAAAGAUCGCUUGACCAGCGUUAGGCGACCUCAAGAGUUGACCUUUUUCAUGUAUGCCUGACGAAGUAAAAAUAAAUAAGUUAAAAGUUCUACAGUUAUAGGACUUAUCAAGGAGUUGAGAUUUACCUGAUCAUUCAAGUGUUUGCUCUUAAUUUGUGGUUAUUGUUGUUGAAUUAGAUGAAGUCCACUACUCAGGAGAAUACUACAAACAGCUGUUUCUAAAAGAAAAAUCCAAAGAAGACUAUUGCAGGGAAAAGCUAGAAGUCAUUGAAAGGAAAUUGGACAAUGUAAUUGCAAAUCAACCAACUGAAGCUGCGCCUGGCGUUUUAAGCGAAGCAGUUAGCCCAAAGGAGCUCAGCGGCCCCAACUGGGAUGAGUGGAUAAAGUUCUGUGAUAUUGUUGGUAACUUUGAGUCACACCUGAAUCAGUACAUCCUGGUUACAGAUGCCCUUCCUAAUGAAGAAUUGGAGUGCUUUUCGGUUUUGAGAGCGGUGUCGUGGAAAAUGGUCUUAGAUUUUGAUCCAAUGUCAGAAGAAAAGGGUUUCUAUUGUGAAUUCACCUCGAAGGAGGGACAACGUAAUUUAGUCAAUAUGCUCACACCAGCAGAGUUAAGAAAAAGCACAAUGGGUAGUCUUCUACGUCAAAUCGAUCCCCAGAAGAUUCAGUGGCUCUUUAUUAAUGGCAGGCAGAGCGAUGCUGAGGGAAGUUCACAGUCAUUUCCAGCUUGGGAGGCUACCUCAGUUAAACACGUCACCAGGCUCUUUAGCUGCUGCUCUGAUCCUGACAAAUUUGACAAACAGAAACCCAUAGUGUGCCUUAUUCUUCCAUUUCGUGACGUGACUCUGCCAUAUUUGAAUGUAACCUUGAACCGUCUCAUAGAAAAUUUUGAUGAAUUCAGAGUGAGGUUUGUCUCCUUCAAACACGAGUUUUCUCACCUAAUUCCAAGAAAGUUCGAAGUCCGUCAUUUGGACUUGAGUCCCAAACUUGUCCGUUUGGGUUUGUCAGACUUACUAAGUGUGUCAGCAACCCAAGAAUACCGCCUGCCCUCUUCGCACGCCGGUAUUCCUGCCAAACUAAGUCAGAAUGAAUUUCUUUACCUCAGCGAACACCUGGAAAUCCUGUAUCAAGGAUGUGAAAGUCUGCCAGAAUUUUCAGAUGACCCAGCUGAAGCAGAGAUUUUUUUUGAGGAACACAGAAAAUCAUUCAUGUCAGGAAACCAAAUUUCGCUCGUAAGUCUUUAUGACAAUCACGACGCAAGAAGAGAAUUAAGUGUGGAUAUAAAAAACCACGUUCAACGUCUCCUUGAUCAGGGUUUGACGCGAUCUAUGAUUGUUGAAAUCAGGCACUCUCCUGGGACUGGUGGUUCUACCAUUGCCCGACGGGUCCUGUGGGAUCUGCACAAGACAUACCCUUGUGCUUUACUGAAAAUAUUGAGCUCUCCACACUACUUUGACGAGGACAAUACACUUUCAGACAAAUUUGCCGACCGCAUAUCUGCAUUAGAAGAAAUUUGCGAGACAUCUCCAGUGAUCUUAAUAGAUGGACAGAAUAGAUGGACAGCAAUCGGGAAUGAUUGGGGGCCUGUCAAACAAGCUUGUGCGAAUGCUCUGCAACAAAGGUAAACGAGCCCUUUUGUUACGUUGUCAGCAUGGAUCAAAAACCUCGAGAAGGGAGGAGUCAUCGAAUGUUCACUUCGUAUUUGAUGUGAAUGUGAAGCUAGAAGAGUCGAUUUCUGAUCUCAAUGAGUUCCAAUCGAAGUACAAGGAAUACAUCAGUAAAACACUUGGUGAAAACCAACGACCUAACCUGCGCCGUGUGUUCCAUUUUCCUCUUCUUUCCAUGAUGGAAGAGUUUCGUCCUAAACUUGAAAAGAUCAUCGAUGACACCCUGGACGAAAUGGGAGGUAUUCAGCAAGAAAUUGCGCUGGUUGUCGCUUUCCUGCAGAAAUAUGCCAAUCAUACCACACCGGCUCUACUCCUUUACGAUGCGUUUAAGGAUUACAUUCGUGUUUCACCAGAUGAGAAAUCAGCUACCUAUGAAGACAUCAAAUGCCUUUUCACCGAGCAGUUGCUUAACCUAAUGAUACCUGCAGAACCACUCCGCCGCAGAGGGAAAUCAAGUGGCCCACGGAACGCGGCACCCGAAAAAUACACUCUUCAACAUCCGUUAGUUGCGGAGUUGGUGCUAAGGAAGGUUUUACGGGCGCAGGAAUGUGAUCUGUUUGGAAUGGUCAGAAAGUUCCUUCAGCUUCCUAUUUACCAUCAAGAAUGUUUCCUUCCUCUCUUUGAAGAACUGUUUCUUUACAACAAGUAUGGAAUGAAACUCAAAUUUUCAAUCCUGUUUGAAGACCUAAAGCGCAUCGAUUCAGAGCUAGCAGGAGAGGUCUUUUGUCAAGCAGCUGUGAAAACGAAUGACGCAGCCAUAUUUGCUAACGCAGCAAGAUUCCUAGCAAGGAAGGAGCCUCCAUCUUUUGAAAAAGCCAAAGUUGUCAUGCAGCAAGCUUUUCAAGCCAACAAAUCAAUGGUUAGAUUGCGCAGCUUAUACCACACGAAAGGUGUUGUCCUGUAUAACGAAAUGAAGCACAGUAUCAAUACCGGGAAAGUUAACAAUCUCCAAACCCUUGAAGAUCAAGCCAGUGAAGUACUCAGCGCUUACCACAAGGCACGCAACUUCCCUCCAACAUAUCCUCAUCCCUUGAUUGGCGAAGUUGAAGUUUGGCUAGCUUGCAUUGACUGGAUCAUGAAGAACAAAUGCAAUCGCGAUUCAGAUAACACUUUGAAGUUUAUUACCAAACUUUCACCUUCUUUCUUUCGCACCUGUGUCAGUGAUUCUUUUUAUCUUCUGGAUGUUGUGGAUGAAAUUGUGCAAAGUGUACCAAACUUAACAGAUCCUGAAGAGACCCAGCGGCUCAGUAAUAAUGCGCGCUUAUCGCUGAUGGUGACCUUUAAACAAGGUCUUUCAGCAACUGGACGGAGGAAACAUACAGAUGAAUUAAUCCAGGUCUGCGAGGCACUGUGCAGUGCUCCCAAUUUUCCCAGGACGUCACAGAUAGAACUAAAGAAGCUUCAGGCUUACUUCUUUCUACAUGCUAGUGAUCCAAUCGACUUAAACUUUGAAAACCUCCAGUAUCUACUGAGGCUCUUGGAAGAACUGGUUUUAGUAGAGAAUGAAUUUCGGCUUGCUCACCAUUUGAUGAAAGUGUGUGUUUUGGUAACUGGACCAAGAAGCUACAGCCUCCAGCAAGGCCUUACUCUAAGUGAGAGAUGGCAGGAUGCUUCCCCUAACGAUUGCAUGCCUUAUUUUUAUCAAAUGGCCAUUUACUUUUUGAAUAUCCUUGACGGGCACUCACUUGAAUUUGCGGCAAAGUACGUCAAAGCUUUAAGAAUGUGCCGCGAAAAGUCCCAGAACCAUUUUCGAAGUACACAGUCAACGUUAUUUGUGGGAAAAGAAGGGCAAGGGAUGUCUCGCCUUAUCAACCGCAACACUUUAUUCCAAGGGGAAACUGAUUACGCUACAGAUAAGUCUGAGAAAGUGUCAAAAUUCUGGAGGAUAGACAGUCGGAGGAAACUGCUGGAAUGUAAAGGUCGGAUACGAGUUGAGCAGUCUUCGGGUCGUCCUGGGAAGAUCCACCCUUACAUUGAACUAGUACAAGGAAACCUGCAACUUUAUGUUGGAAAGAAUGCAGACAUUGGCAAAGCAGAAAGGGACUUUGCCCCUGGUGCUCUGGUAUACUUUGUCGUAAGUUUCAACCUUCACGGUCCUGUUGCUAAUGGGAUUACUUUCUCGUCGCAAAAGCCAUCCCAUGCUUAA